GUCCUCGAUGAAGCCCAGGAGUCCUGCGUUACCAGGUGUGGGUCCUACCUACGCAAGAGGAGAGUCAAACAGAAAUUCUGUGGCGAAUCUUCAAGAAAAAGUCUCUCAAGGUCUGGAGAGAUGAGUCACAGGCUAAGAGCACCCAUGGCUCUUGCAAAGUCAGUUCCCAGCACCUACAUGGUGGCUCACAAGCAUCCAUAACUCCAGUUCUAAUGAUCCAGUGGCCUCUUCUUAUCUCCAUCAGUACCAGGAGGGCAUGUGGUACACAGACAUACUUACAGGCAAAGCACUUAUGCACAUGAAAUAAAAACAUUUUUUAACAGAGAAAAGACUUCAGGAUUUGCUGCAGUGGGCUUCCUAAUUUUGGAAGAACUGGCUAGUCAGAACCUGGAAAUUGAGUUUAUACUGUGAAUCUUCAAGAAGUGCACACAGAUGUUGAAAUAAAAAAUGGGGAGAAGCAUCUUGCCAUACUUAUAAAAACCACAAAUUGUGGUGAUGCUUUACUAUUAUUUCAUAAACAUUGAAAGUGAAAAAAUAUUUCUCUUUGAAAUCCCAACCCAAAUGGACAGACAGUAUCCCUCUGAGAAGUUAUAUAAGGAGCCUCAGGGGGAGAAAAGGCCUCUUUAUAACUCAAGAAAGAACUGAGAGAAAAGGAAGAAAGGACGGUCAUCCCAUAGACCAGUAUUCAGAGAAUCUUUAAGUUAAACUCAGUCUUGAUGGAACAGAACUGGCUCCUCCAUUGUUCCCUGCUGAGACAACUUGCCAAAAUAUCCAGUUCAAAGACUUUGUAGUUCCCUUUUACUGUACCGGUAAAGACGUUUGUAGAUGGAAGUCCCCAUUUGUCCCUUGCAGUCUUCAGAGAGACCACACAGAGGGCUCCUGUAACUGUGGCGACUCCGGUGGGAUGCCCAUCACCAACCCCAUGGUCAUCUCGUCAAGAAAACCCCCACUUCAGAGAAACCAUACACGUGUGGUCACUGUGGUGAGGCCUUCAUCCAGAACUCAGAACUGAUGCUUCACCAGCGAGACCACCUAAAAGAAGCCUGCGGGCGGGAGCAUUGUGGAAAGGGCUGCCCCCCCACACCGCAGCUCGGGUCUGUUUACCCAUCAAGCGGUCCUCAUGGAUGAGAAACCUUACAAGUGUGACAAGUGUGGGAAAGGCUUCACCCGGAGCUCAAGUCUGCUUGUCCAUCAUGCAGUCCACACAGGUGAGAAGCCGUUUAAGUGUGACAGGUGCGGGAAGGGCUUCAGUCAGAGCUCAAAGCUCCACAUCCACCGGAGGGUCCACACUGGAGAGAAGCCCUAUGAGUGUGACGAGUGUGGCAUGAGCUUCAGUCAGCGAUCGAACCUGCACAUCCACCAGCGUGUGCACACGGGGGAGAGGCCCUACAAAUGCGGGGACUGUGGGAAGGGCUUCAGGCAGAGCUCCAACCUCCACAUCCACCGCUGCACCCACACGGGGGAGAAGCCCUACCAGUGCUGUGAGUGCGGGAAGGGCUUCAGCCAGAGCUCGGACCUCCGCAUCCACCUCCGCGUGCACACUGGGGAGAAGCCCUACCACUGCGGCAAGUGCGGGAAGGGCUUCAGCCAGAGCUCCAAGCUCCUCAUCCACCAGAGGGUGCACACUGGGGAGAAGCCCUACGAGUGCAGCAAGUGCGGGAAGGGCUUCAGCCAGAGCUCCAACCUCCACAUCCACCAGCGGGUCCACAGAAAGGGCUCUUCAUUCGUAUGAGCCCGCUCGGAGCUCAGAACUUCCAUUGUUUUCCGUGGCUGAGUGUGCUCUCAGUGGUAGACUGCUUGCCUAGCAUGUAUAAGGCCCUAAGUUUGCAGCUUAAUGCUUUGUUUUUAUAGGAGUGUGUGUGUUCAUGCAGAGGGCUGCAUGUGCUGUGUGGGUGUGUGCAUGUAGGUGGGCACGUGUGUGGAGGUCAGAGGUCUCUCCUGUGCAGAUGCUUAUCACUUUUUUGUUUGAGACUGGGACCCUGUCACUCGUGGUAUGGAAUGUCACCCAGUAAACUGGGCCAGAGUUCCAUGGAUCUACCUGUCUCCACUUCCCAGCUCACCGUGGCUAGGAUUACAAGUGUGUGCCAUCACACUCAACUUUUAUGUGGGUUCUGUCUCAAGUUUUCAAGACAAGAGCUUUACUGACUGAACUGUCUCCCCAGGCCCUGGCUUAAUACUUUCAACCCUUACCUUUGUAUUCCUCAAAGGAAAGAAAUAGGGUUAUUCAGAUACAGUCCCUCACAGACAAAAAUCAGUCCUUCAUUUAAAGUACCUGAGUACCCAUCACAUUUUAUGUUAUACAAUGAAUGGAUUAUUCUGUCUCCUCAGAUGAGUAGAGUGUACAGUGCAAUUCUGCUGGUGUUGACAGAAGUGUAUUCCACAGUUUUAACUGCAAGAACUUUGUAUUUUUCCAAGCACAGCAUGCUACUCUUUGUUUAUAGUCUCUGAGAAAUUGGAAUUCAUGUUUCCUCUCAAAUUAUAUGCCAUAUUUUUCAUGCUCCUUUUAAGUCUCAAAUAGCCCUCUUUAAACUAUGAUCACAGUGUGUCCAUUGAGGGUAGGGUGGGGAGCUGAAGGUAUAAUGGGCAUGGAGAUCUGUUGUGUUUAGUACAAAAAUGUACAUCAGUUUAUGGUCACACUACAGGAAAUGCUUCCCAUAUACUACUGUGAUGGAAAGUUCACUCAGUCCCUCCUCCAAAGCAGCUAUUCAGGACUGUAAAUAAUUAGUUUUUACAGAGUGAAGUUCGUUUGAUGGGGCUACUUCCAUAGUAAAAGCAAUCUCAGGAGAAAUCCCAAAGCAACAUAACAUAGCCAUAGUAGCUGGGAGAGGAAAGCUGGAUUGGGGGCUGCUGAAACAAGUGAUCCAGCAGCAGAUCUGAGGCAGAAUUGGAGAAAGCUAGUACAUGGGGAGCAUGUGGCAGCCAAUCAGAGGCGUCAGAAACCUCAUUGAGACUUGAUAAAUUAAAAUUGACUAGUGGAGAAAGUACUAAAGAAUGUGCCUUAUUAAACAGGUCUAAUUUCCAGGAUAGUAUUAAACAUUAGAUGUUUAUUUAAGAAACCACAGUAAUGAGAAUAAGAGGAAGAUCAUCAGUGAAUGAGAUCUCAGCAAAAAACAUACAGGCUAGGAAGAUGGGUGCAUGGGCACUGUGUCAGUACAGAAGCAGGCAUAAUUUAUGCCAUUCAUACAAGGGGAUAAGGAAAAAAAAAAUCUGUUUUGGUUUCAGGCCAAAAGGUACUUAAUAAAAUGAAGGACAGAAUGAAGCAAGAUGGAAAGCCUUGACACUUAUGACCUAGGAUAUAUGGAACAUUCUCUUCAUCCCACGUAUAGACACACUAUUCUCAUCAGCUGCUAUACACAGCCAGAACUUACCCUCCAGGAGACGUUCUGAGGCUCAACUCUCCAGUAUGGCUUUGGGAAUCCAACAGUGGAACAGCUUUCUAUCUUUCGAUUUAUAGACCAGGCUAUCCUCGAACUCAGAGAUCCACCUGCCUCUGGCUCCCUGAGUGCUGGGAUUACACACACACACACACACACACACACACACACCAGCUUAUAAUUUUGUUUUUCGGUUGUUUUGUUUUGUUUUUCUGAGAAACUGUUUCUUUGUGUAUCCCUGGUUGUCAUGGAUUCACUUUGUAGACCAGGCUGGCCUGAACUCACAGAGAUCUGCCAGCCUCUGCCUCCCAGUGCUGAGAUUACAGGCAUGCGCCAGGACACCCAGCUGUUUUAAGUUGUUGGGGUUUUUUUUAUUUUUAUUUUAUGUGCAUUAGUGAGAAGGUAUCAAAUCCUUUGGAACUGGCUGUACAGACAGUUGUGAGCUGCCAUGUGGGUGCUGGGAAUUGAACCUGGGUCCUUUGGAAGAGCAGACAGUGCUCUUAACCACUGAGCCAUCUCCAGCCCUAGUUUUGUAUUUUUCAAACACAGAGUAAAUAAGUCUGUAACUUUAAAAACUCUACAUAAAGAGGGCUGAGAAUGCAGCUCAGUGGAGUACUUGCCUAGCACUACUUGUGAGGCACGCCUGUAUUCCUACACCCAGGGAGGAAGAGGCAGAAGUUCAAAGUCAUCCUUGGCAAUACCCAAAACUUAGAGCCAGGCUGGGAUACAGAAGACACUGUUUCAAAAAUGAUGGUAAUAGAUCACAAAAAAGGAAUCUGGGUCCCAGAUAAUUUUCCUGGUAUGUUUUUUAUAAGAAAUUAAGGAAUAAGUGGUGAGAUGGCACAGCAGGUAAAGGUGCUUGCCACCAAACCUGAAGACCUGAGUUUGAUCUCCAGAACCUGAGGGAACCCUCUCCACAAGGCACAAGGUUUCCUCUGAGAACACAUACACACACACACACACACACACACACACACACACACACACACGGGGUCGGGGGGAGAGAAAGAGUGAGAGGAGAGGGAGAGAGAGCAAAGGGGGGUGGUUGGAGAGGUGGCUCAGAGAUUAAGAGCACUGGCUGCUUGUCCAGAGGUCCUGAGUUCAAUUCCCAGCAACCACAUGGUAGCUCACGACUAUCUAUAAUGAAAUCUGGUGCCCUCUUCUGGCAUGCAGGUAUACAUGCAGGAAGAAUGCUGCACACAUAAUAAAUAAAUAAAUCUUAAAAAAAAAAAAAAGGAAAAGAAAUUGAACCGGGUGUGAUGGCACAUACCUUUAAUCCCAGCACUUAGUUCAGGGCUACACAAAGAAACCCUGUCUCGAAAACAAAAAGGAAAAGAAAAACGAACAGAACAAAAAAGCCAAAAUCCAUCAGGGAACUUAAGGGUUUUCAAUCCCCAAAAGGAGUCCCUCUCCCAACUAUUUGUCAUCCUCAUAAUCCACAUAAUUUGCCCAUCCCAACGUGUCUCUUACUAUUUCCACUGUUCUCUCCUGCUUCCCUAGCCCUGGCCAUGUCCAGUCUCCUUUCUCUCAGCUGUGCACACGUCCAGAUAUCUCUGGAUAUUUUCUCUCUCUUGCCCACAAUAAAAACCUUAUCCCUAAUGGAGUGGUCAUGUUGAUAGUUUCUUUACUUAACCUCCUCGAAUUUACAUAACAACAUCCUAUCUCAAAAAAUACACACCUUUGAUUCCAGCACUCAGGAAGCAGAGGCAGGCAGAUCUCUCUGAGUUCAAGGCCAGCCUGGUCUACAAAGCAAAGCUAGUACAGCCAAGGCUCUAUUACACAGAAAACAAAAAC